CAGCAAAAUUUAUUUUACUUUUUUCCCAAGAAAAACUUUGAAGCUCUACAUUUUCAUCGAUUCUCAAUUUCUCACCGUUUCUAAACCCUCGAUUGGUAAAAUCUAGCAAACAAACAACAGAAAAGAAGUGGGAAUUAUAAUGAUUCAGUUGAAGAUGGAGAGAUUCUUCAAAUUCAUGGUGUUCUCUUUCUUUCUUCUUUGUUCGUUAUCUCUCUGUAAUGCGAUUGCUUCAAGAUCUUCUUCUUCUUCAUCAUCAACCACAAGGCACACCAACAAUUGGGCUGUCUUGGUCUGCACUUCUCGCUUCUGGUUUAAUUAUCGGCAUAUGGCCAAUACCUUAUCUUUAUACAGGACAGUAAAAAGGCUAGGAAUACCUGAUGAGAGGAUAAUUCUUAUGUUGGCUGAUGAUAUGGCUUGCAAUGCCCGGAACAAAUACCCUGCCCAAGUCUUCAACAAUGAGAACCACAGACUGAACUUGUAUGGAGAUAAUGUUGAGGUAGAUUAUCGAGGUUAUGAAGUGACAGUUGAAAACUUUUUGCGAGUUUUAACAGGGCGUCAUAAAACUGCAGUUCCAAGGUCAAAACGGCUUCUAAGCGAUGAAGGAAGCCACAUACUUCUAUACAUGACAGGACAUGGGGGAGAUGAAUUUUUAAAAUUUCAGGACUCAGAGGAGCUUCAAAGUCACGAUUUAGCCGAUGCAGUGAAACAAAUGAAGGAAAAGCGUAGAUUCAAGGAGCUGUUGAUAAUGGUUGACACUUGCCAAGCUGCUACUCUCUUUUCUCAGCUUCAAUCUCCUGGUGUUUUGACUAUUGGAAGUAGCAUGAAAGGAGAAAACUCUUACUCACAUCACUUGGACUCUGAUGUUGGUGUCUCUGUUGUGGAUCGCUUCACAUUUUAUACCCUUGCUUUCUUUGAAAGGCUAAAUAUAUACGAUAAUGCUCCAUUGAGCAGUCUUUUCGGUUCAUAUAAUCCAAGUAUGUUGAUGUCAACAGCAUACUAUCGAACAGAUCUAUACCAACGACAAUUGCAGGAGGUUCCUGUCACAAACUUCUUUGGUUCAGUCAUGGAAACUAUUCACACUGAUUCGUCUUAUAGAGCCCUCUCAGGCAGAGAGUCCCGCAAGGAUAAAAUCAAAAUGCCGUUUGAUCCAUCAGCCAGCCUGCAUGACCAGAGAACAUCUUUAAAUUCAAAUGGCCAGCAAGAAAUUAAUGGCUCAAACAAAAAGGAUCAAGAGGUUGCUUGUCCUUUUACACGCAUGAUGGCUACAUUUCAUGACAAGAUGGAAAAAAUUGAAGAUGUUGACACCUUGGUCAACUACGGAUUUAUAUUAAUGCUGCCAUUGGUGGCAGUUUCCACUUGGCUAUCACGGUGAAGAACUUUAUCGGUCCUUUUAAAAAUUUCCAGGAACUAAACAACCUCUGAAAGGCACGGGUUACGAGCAAAUUUAUUUAAUCAGAGGAAACUACCAAUCAGUGAGCCUGGGUCAUCAUGGUAGCUGUUGAAAGUCUUGAUGGGACAGAGAACUGAAUCAGUGAUGCACAUUACCCUCAAUCUGCGCUUGCCGAGCAUUUCAAGAAAUGUCUGGGAUCCUACCUAGCAGUCAUUAAUAGCUUCAUUUUUUUUUUUUUUUUUUUA